GUCGAUGGAGUAGCGGGAGAAAUGCCACAGCCCUCGGUGAUCUUGGCCACAGCGGGCUACGAUCACACGAUCCGCUUCUGGGAGGCGACGAGCGGCCGCUGCUAUCGCGUCUUGCAGUACACCGAUUCGCAAGUGAAUAAGCUCGAGAUCACUCCCGACAAGCAUUUCCUCGCUGCUGCUGGCAAUCCUCACAUCCGGCUCUUCGAAAUAAAUUCCAGCAAUCCUCAACCAGUUCUCAACUAUGAUGCUCACACCAGUAACGUGACGGCCAUUGGUUUCCAGUGUGAUGGAAAAUGGAUGUACUCUGGAUCGGAGGAUGGAACGGUGAAGAUCUGGGAUCUCCGUGCACCUGGCUGUCAGAUGGAAUAUGAAAGCCGAGCAGCAGUAAACACAGUGGUGCUCCACCCCAACCAGCAAGAGCUUAUCUCUGGCGAUCAAAAUGGAAACAUCAGGGUGUGGGACUUGACUGCAAACUCAUGUAGCUGCGAGCUGGUUCCUGAGGUCGACAUGGCCAUAAGAUCGCUGACGGUCAUGUGGGACAUUGUGGUCGCAGCUAAUAAUCGUGGGAUUUGUUAUGUAUGGCGUUUGCGUCAGGAUACACAGCUGCUAACCAAGUUUGAUCCGUUGCACAAGUUAGAAGCCCACAACACGUACAUCCUCAAGUGCCUCUUGUCUCCCGAAUACUGUGACGAGGACCACAAGUACCUGGCGACGGCAUCAGCCGAUCACACCGUAAAGAUUUGGAAUAUCAACAAUUUCACUCUGGAGCGUACUUUGACAGGUCAUUCCGCCUGGGUGUGGGACUGUGUGUUCUCAGUCGAUGGUGCAUUUCUCGUCACAGCAUCAUCUGAUAAAACUGCAAGGCUGUGGGAGCUAGCAACCGGAGAGGCAAUCAAAGUUUAUCAAGGGCAUUCGAAAGCAGCGAAUUGUUGUGCGCUCCAUGAUGGAACAGCCGAGCCUGCAAACUAGGUGUGUAAUCUUACAUGUAGCGUUUCCUUUUUGUUUUCGCUUUAGAACUAACAUCGCUAAACAUCAUAGUUUUGUAUGUAAUUCAUUUUAUGCCAAUAAGCGCAACCACUUGAUAGCGAAGUUGCAGUCGCCACCACAAAUUUGACAACGAGCUCUUGCCAUCUUGAGCCGCGCAAUAAAUGUGAAUAUACGGUUUGAUGGGUGAGAAAGUAAAACAUUUUAUCUUA